UGCGUGUAUAUACAUAUAUAUAACGGUCGAUACCAAAAGGGAAGCCGCGGUACCGGUAGGCCGGCUAGUUCUCGUUCCCUUCUCGCCGUUGUAGUAUCAGCUGCGCUCGGCACGCCGUGAUCUCCUACGAGGAAGCUGCUAAUUAAAGAUAUUUUUUCAAGAAUAUAUUUUUAAGCUGUCUGACAUGCCGCAUUCGAAGAUUUGUAUGCACCUGACGUUUUUUCUUACCUUUGCAAGCAAUCUAGCAACAAUCAUGCCAGUGCCGCAGAUCCAGAAACCAGCUCCCGCUUUCAGCGGUACCGCUGUUGUAAACGGACAAUUUAAAGACAUUAAGCUGUCCGACUACAAGGGCAAAUACGUCGUGUUGUUCUUCUAUCCGCUGGACUUUACUUUCGUGUGCCCGACCGAAAUCAUCGCUUUCUCCGACCGUGUGAAAGAAUUCAGCGACAUCGGCUGCCAGGUGAUCGCCGCGUCCACCGAUUCUCACUUCUCUCAUCUAGCAUGGGUUAACACGCCCCGCAAACAGGGCGGUCUCGGUGAGAUGAAUAUUCCUCUGUUGGCCGACAAAAGCUUCAAAAUCUCCCGCGACUACGGCGUGCUCGACGAGGAAACGGGAAUUCCUUUCCGCGGGCUGUUUAUCAUCGACCCUAAGCAGAACAUACGUCAAGUCACCAUCAACGAUUUACCUGUGGGAAGAUCCGUGGACGAAACUCUGCGUUUGGUCCAAGCAUUCCAAUAUACGGAUAAACACGGUGAGGUGUGCCCGGCUGGCUGGAAGCCCGGCAAGAAGACUAUGAAGCCUGACGUGGAUGGUUCAAAAGAGUAUUUUAAGGAUUUAUAGACUAUAAGAUUUCGCACAAAAAUGAUGUUUGUUCGUACGUCCUAUUAGAUUACUCGUAUUGUAUAUUUUGUAUUCCUGUGCGUCACAUAAACUUCCAAUUCAACACAAUCAUUUACUUAUGUAUUUACUUAGCAUAGCUAGAACACACAUAUCGCGCGAAAUAUGUAUGACAUGUAAGAUGUUUGCUCUUAGUUGUCUUUUAAUAAACAGGUUUAUUUUGUAA